CCCCGGUUCGCAGAAAUCCUCCAGUUACGGUCACAUCCACUACAGAGUCCCCACUACAGCCGCUCUCGCUCGCUCUUCACAAGGCUUUCGUUCCAGCAGAGAGCUUCACUUCCCCUCGGCCCCUGUUGACUCGCUCUUCUUUUUUGCCUCCUUCACUGUUUUUCUUAUUUUGUUUUGUUUGGCUUCGCAGACGUUUGCUUGCUUCGACUUUGCCCUAUUCUCCCAGCUUCACCCGACGACGCGCAAGUCCCUGUACCACCAAACAGCCUCAAGAGGCAACCGACGCCACGGCUACGAAAUAUCCGCGUCAACACCAAUUGCUCAAUUUACCCGCUAAACCACGGCUCGACUUGCCCUCGAACAUGAUACAUAGACGCUAGGAUGGACCACGAUAAUUACGAGUCCGGAGGGUCUCCGUAUCCGCGACGGGCUGCUUCGUCGGCCGCCAUGACCAACGACAUUGAUGUUCUCUACGACGCCGCAGCCGCUUCUGUGGCAUUUGAUCCGUCUGCGUCGACGGACUCACUACAGGCCAACUUUCAUCGAGAUAGAGCAUCUGAGCCUCCAGCACCGAUUUCCGGAAAGACACCCACUUGGACAAGCUCGCUCUCUUAUGCAAGCACCAAGAUAUAUUCGCCGUAUUCGCCGCUGGGCGAAUCAACCCGGGGUCUCACUAGAGCUGCGUCAAAAUCAACGCGCCAUUCAAACUAUAGCUACGAUGCUCCCCUUCACCAGGAUACGGCGCAUGAUGUGGAAGAAUCAUAUGAUAUGGCCCUGCUUUCUUCAGCUGCGCCUAUGGGCGCGACGGCGGCGGCGCACGACGAAACAAUGGCCCACAACGACGAGUCGUAUCCGUUAGGAUUCGAUGUUAGCUCAGCCCUCGGCCCAUUUACACCGCACGAUGAAGAGUUUCUGCGCAAGAUUCAGCAGCAGGAAGCAAGCGGGCAUCUUACCGGCGGCCUGGGAAAGGGGUUCCGGCCAGACACCCGCAUGAGAGAUGCCGAUCUGAUGAACAGCCCGACGUCGCCGCUUGCCCGCAAUCUGUCGCGCAGCUUCACUCAGCGCCUUGGGCGAAGGAUGACCCGGCAGCAGACCCUGCGGAAUAUGGGCCAAGAGCAGGCCAACAAGACUGGCCAAGUUAUCGAGGUCAUUGUCGAGGACGGAGACCAUGAGCAUGUUGCCGGGGCCGAUCUUAGCUUCAUCGAAGGCGCCAAUUUUGUCGAGUCCUCGGACUUUCGCCGCACGGAGACGGCGCUGCCGCGCGAAUCCAUGACGCAGAUCUUCUACCCUCAGCCAAACUGGAAGCCGUGGUCCAUUCGCUGGCCGUACAUGACGCUGCUGAUUUUCUUGUCCAUUGGCCUUGCCAUUAUGCAAGAGUGGCUGUUCCAAAAGUACAAGAAGACGGGCAUUCUGCAAUUUACAUCGCCCAAGGACAUUUCACCAGGACUCCUAUUCUUUAUCAAGUUUAUGCCCACACUGCUAGGCAUUGUGUACGGUGUGCUUUGGCAAUUUGCCGACAUUGAGAUUCGGCGUCUUGAGCCGUACUUUCAGCUGUCCAAGCCUGGUGGUGCGCUCGCAGCCGAGUCUAUUAGCAUCGAUUAUGUCACGCUGUUUAAUAUCUUUCGCCCUUUUUAUGCCAUCAAGAACAGGCACUACAUUGUCGCCACCAUGUCGUCGGCAGCGCUCUUUGCCAUGUCGCUUGUGCCGACGUUUGCCUCUGCCACUAUUGUUCUCGAGCCGAGCCGCCAGGAGCGCAAAGACCCUGACACUCUCAAGUCAUUGCACAUCCAGCCCAUGUGGUCUCGGCUUCUAACAUCGAUUCUCGCCAUCAAUGCUCUAUGCGGCCUCAUAGUAUUUGCGUUGCUUCAGACCCGUCGUUCCGGCCUACAGGCCAACGUUAGAGGCAUUGCCGGCCUUGCAUCCAUGGCUGUGGUCAGCCAUAUUCUCAUGGACUUUAAGGACAUGGACACGGCGAAGCCAAAGGAUAUCCAUGAAAAGUUAAAGGGCCAUCGCUAUAUGCUCCAGAACUCGUGUUUGGCGCCAGACAAUGAAAACCCCGUCACCAAGGAAGACCGCGAAAAGUACAAGGAAGAUAUCCUACCACAACACCCGCAUCCGCUCAUUCUCCGAGCCAAGUGCUGCAUUCCGUUCAUCAUUUACAUUGUAUUUAUGGUGAUAUUUAUUCCGUCAUUUCUGUUUACGGAUUUAGGCGUCGUGCCAGAAAAGGCCCCAUGGCUCGUCACGCUCUUGUCUGUCGUGCUCAAGCUACUGUGGAUUGGCUUGGAUAGUGCCGUUCGAACGCUCGAGCCGUACUAUAUUCUCUCCAAGCGUCAUGCGCCGUCCAAGACUUUGACGCUUGACUACAACGCCAUGCCGUGGGGCUAUAUGAGUGUACAGGCUCUGCUAAAUGGCCACAUAUUUGUCUUUUUGGUGGGCUUUGGAUCCGUCAUGGUUGAGUUCCUGACACUCCUCGUCGCAGGUCUGGCGUCGGUGGACGGAAAAGACUUCCUCAACACAUAUAAUGCAGGUGGAGGUAGCCAAAAUGUGACCUCUGGACAGGAAACGUUUACCUCGUUUUACGUGUCCGUGGGUUUCUCCAUGUUCAUCCUGCUCUACAUGAUUAUUGUGUCUACGGUUGUCUUUAUCCGACGCCGGCAUCCCUUCCUACCCCGCCAGCCGACGACGAUUGCCUCGGUGCUUGCAUUUAUUCACCAAAGCAAGAUGCUGUACAACUUUGUCGGCACAAACAAGCUCAGCCCAGCCGCGAUGGUGCGCAAACUCGAUGACGGCAAGACGUACGGCCUGGGCUGGUUCGAAGGCAGGGAUGGACAGAUGCACUGUGGUAUCGACCAGGAAGAGCUGGCUAGCGACUACAAGCAUGGACUUGAUUUUACACAAGGUGUUCGACCGUGGAACAUGCAAUGGGACGUUUUGUAAUGACUGGUUUUGCUUAAAGCCAGCGGCGUUUUGAGUGGGCAAGUACCAGCGCGCAUCAUUGGCGUAUUUUUGUGAUAUUUUAUUGGGAUAGCAUACAUACAUAGACUGUUGUACAUAUAACAUUUUCUGGUCCACUAUUUCGUUUUAUUUGCUUUUUGUGUGUGAUGAUCACGUUUGUUUAGAGCUUGUUUGAGGACGUGCCCAAAGCGUUUCAUCUGCUGUCAAAGCGGACCGAUCCUCUGCCUGAAACGAGCACCGCACAGGCUGCUGCAGGUGAGCGCAGUAACAAAUUACAGUAUGGCUAUGCAAUGCAAUGUAGUUGUCGACACUUCAGCUUCAUUAUUGGGAUGAGGCGGCGCCGGC